AUGGUGACAGCUAUCGUUCUUUUUCUGUUUUGGGGCUCUACAUUAGAAGUAUCCGGAAAGAUUCACGUUGAGGUGAGCUCAAAAAAUGAGGUGACUUUCAAUUGAAGAUUUAACCCUAGUCGUCGGUUUGUAAAUUCAGCUUAGUUCUACUGUUAAGCAAUGAAUCUUUCCGUAUUUAUACCAUUUUCCCGAUUUUAACGAUUCAAACUGAAAUCGGCAAAACUUGUAAACAAAGUUCAUAUCAGUUGGCGAAACCACUAAGGCAAUUAAACUUAAUUUACACUGAAUAAAGCGACAGUAGUGAAUGCAGACUGAGCAUCAACCAUACCAGUCAAAGCUGGACAAGAUCACAUCCCGUUUGUUUUAAGUUUAUAAUGUCAAUUGAAGCUUAAAAUUCUGUACUUUUUAUUACAGCGUUCAGGGAUCUUACCAGUAAAUUCAAAAAGUUUUGGAAUACAGUUUUGUAAGUAUAACUGUCUGGUAUUACUGAAGUUAAUAGAAAACACUUACUACUAAAAACAAACCAGUCAACAAACUCUUGCGGUUUUAUCUACAAUUCUACAGACAUAACACUUGCGAACGAUGCAAGAAAAUCGCUCACAAUAACACCAAAUACACCGCGUUGCUGUUGGCGAGUUGACAAAAAAGACUUGGAUUGCAAGGUUGGAAUACUAUUAAUUAGUCGAUCUCUGGUACUACAAAACCUAGGUCUACGCGAAUUUACUUUUUCUUCAUGGAUUCAAGCUUGCAAGUUUUAAACUUUUACGAAUACUUUUUAACAGUACUUUGUCUCUUACCAGUCGAUGGAACUUGUUGGAGGAAACGAAAUGACACUGUCUCCGUCAACAACAGGGAACAUUAGUUACGUAUUUCCAAACAAAGUAAGUUAAAUUUGCGCAUAUUUUCAUCUCAGAAAUAGACUGUAUUGACCUCAUAAAAAGCAUGCGUAUGACCUUACUUCGACACUAACGAACGGCUCGGCUGACAGUUUUCAGAUUUUUCACUCGGCACUGUUGACAAAAAAUGUUGGAUACGUAUUGUGCGGACGGCUUGUUUUGCGUAAAUCCCAUUUAUUCUGCAGUUGUUCGUUAACUCAAUAAAACGGCUCUAAGUGAAAACCUUUGUUCAAUCAAUUUUAGUAUCUGAUGGAUAGAGUGGGAAGCUGUGACUUUACAUUUGUUACUGGAGACAAGAAGCUACAUCAUAAAGUACCAUUCAACACUACAGAACCGAAAAAGGCAUCAUGGCUAGACGGUAAGUUUCACUAUUCAGUUUAAUGUUUAUAUGUGUUAGUGGAGCUUUAGCUUUAAGGCUAUGCAUUUUGCAAAAAAUGAGUUUUGAGUGAUUCCAAUAUUUAUCUAUGACUGAUAGAGCGGUUUUCACUUGACUGUCGUAAAACCAAAACCAAAGUAAAUACACUAGCCAACCAAAGGACGUAGUAAAACCAAAACCAAAACCAAAACCAAUCCCAAUUCGACAGUCAAGUGAAAACCGCUCUAAAAGAUUUCAAAUACAAAUUUGAUCACCUAGUCAAUAUAUCUAUUCUAAUAAAUAAGUACACUAGUCAACCGGUCACUUCUUUCUAAUUCGGACAGAACUACUCCUAGCCUAUUAAAGGAUUGAUUCUACCCAACUUCUACUACUCUAAUUAAGUGGUAUGGACCACAUAAGGCAUUGUUAAUACCACCAUUUAACGAGGGUGGAGGAUUUGAACUCGGGACUAACAUGAACAAAUCCAGUUUGUUGUCAUACUGGGAAUUGAUUUCGGGGCCGUACCUCCUCAAGGAUUCCAUGUUUAUAGCAUUUCACUGUGUCUGUGUAUGUUGCUUGCCUUACUAUAAAAGCCGUAUACUAGACUGUAGAGAGAAUUUCUGGCAUUCUCGACUUUUAAUAUUGACUUAUUUCGCAUAGUUAUUGGCUUUGGAGGAGACAGUUACAGAAAAUGCCGAGGCGUUGAUCGGGUAAGUAAUGGAAAUACCGUAAACUUCCGAUUAUAAUAAGUCCCUUCCCCGACCCUUCCCCCCUCCCUUAUAACCUCCGAUUUAUAUGCCCAUCUACCUGUAAACAAAAAAAUAUUUAUCCGGUUAAAAGCCCCCUUCUAGCUUGUAUUAAAUGAAUUCGACUUUUUACCACGUUCUGAAGCUUACAAAAGCGAUCAACUUCAAAAAUUAUUUUGAUAAUCUGGCUGUUAUGUAGCUUGUUUUGAAACACUUAAUUUAAUCAAGCAAUAAGCCCCCCCCUUCCCCCCUUCCUUGAAUAUAAGCCUCCCCGUUUUUAGGGGCUUCUAAUUAAAACCCCUUACAAAGUUAUAUAAGCCCACGGCUUAUAAUUAGAAGUUUACGAUAUUGCCUUGUUUAGAGCGCUGUGUAAUUCACUUAGUCGCAAUGCAUAAUGAGUAUCAUAAAGGUUUGGUUAGCUUAAUAGUUCCAACAAGUUUCAGACAUUGCACGUCUCAUCGUCUAAUGAGCUAAAACAUUAAAUUUGUUCAUUCAAUGCUGUAACACGGACACAUGUAAAGUUUGACGUCUGAGAUUGAUCUAUAAUAGUAAAUCCCUAUCGUGUAAAAUGGAAUGAUCUGCAGAGUUUCAGGCAGCAUCAGAGAAACAUAAAGGGGCGUAGAAUCGGUUUAUACCAUAACGGCCGUGAAAGAUUUGCUUACGACAUAAAAAAUUCGACACCUUCGGCACAAAGGUCACAAAGGUAGAAUACGAAGCGUAGAAGCCCUCAUGGUAAGAACUGUUUCCGUUGAAUGACAAUGCGAUUUACCUGUCACCUACCACAUGUUGACAAAACGAUCAAAAGCGAAUUCACAUGCUAUACGAGAAAGAAAGCUGUGAUUCAGCUUCUCCUUGAACAAAGGUGGACUGACAGUGCCUGGUCGUUUUAUGUCUUCUUUAGGAUCCAAGAAAAAACUGUCAACCCGUAGACUGCGUAGAAAAGUACAAUGGCCGGAGAAACUUUUUCAGGAACACUACAGGAAAAUGCGAAGCUGUGCACGAAUGUUACACAAAAGGGAAGAAAGGGGAAUUACCAGAAAUUGUAAGUUAUCACUAAUGGGAUGCUUUAUAGGUAUUUUCUUUUUUUGUUUUCUUCUCUCGACCCACUGACUCCUAGAUCGAUCCAAGACGCUUUGCGAAAAAAAGAAAUUCUGCAACAAGUAUAUCCAGAAGUAAAAGAGAAGUAAAAUAUCCCAUCUUUACUUUUACUGUGUGUUCGUUUUCUUUUCUACCCGUUUUCCUCUUCCAUUCCAUCUUUUCCUUGUGCUAAGCUUUUACCAGACGUAAUCAUGUUAACAUUUCAACUCAAAAUCUGAAGAACAUGAAACGUUUUUACAUCAAUUUGGUAGGAGAAAGGGGUACCAAGUACAUGUUGUAUUUUCCCUCAAAUUAGAUGCGAUUGGGUUCUCAAGAUUGUCGCAUCUGCUCUUUCGCUCCUUCCAGUCUUGUCGUGACAGCUCAGUGCACUUUAGAAUGAUACAAAAGAGACCGUAAGCAAUCUCACUAUAGUAUUUGUUUUACUAUGAAAUAAAAAUAUCUCGCCUGUCCUUUCUGAAAGAGCAGGCUGCUUUUAACGAACACUUACAAGUACCGAUGUUAUGAUUAAACAAAAAAAAAUUAUUAUUUCUGAUUUUCUCUUGUUUUCAAGUUAUUGCAUGUUGAAGUUGAAAGAAUAUUAAAGUAUUAGAAAUCAUAUAAGUAUACAUGUGCCAUAUAAGUGCUGAAAUUAGUAUUACAUUGAUAGGCUUUUGACAAGGACCAUAAUGACUGUAAGAGUUUAGUGAGUGCUGAACUAACAAAAGAACAGAGGAAACAGAUUCAUGACAACAUGGACAAGAGCAAAUUAGCGCAGAUGAAGUUCACGUUGGAAGACAUCAAAGACAUCAAUCCGGUAAGCUGACAAUUUUUACCAACGCAUGCACAGAACUAACGAAUGCUAAACGCUUGAAAAGGAAACAAUUCACAGAGUUUAAAACAGCUAAUUUUCUCUCUAUUCGUUUUAAGACCUAAGUGUCCAUCUUUCGACUACUACAAACAAAUUUUUUUACUGAGGGAAAAUUCGGUUGGUAUCUUUUUGAAUUCAAACAAUUUUUAAGUUUUCUUAUGAGAAAUAAGUGUUAGACAGUCUAUCUGCCAUCAUUCUAGUGUGGAAGGAAUUUAUUAGUCAACUUUUUCCUUGACUUUUUAUUUGUUAUAUGCAGAUUAAAUUGUAAUGCCAUCUAUAAAAUUCAUGCAAGUUAAUUGCUUACUUUUGAAUGACAGGUGCCACUUAACUGUCACCAUGGCCGCCGAGUUGGUUCAGUAUGUGUUUGCAAUGAAGGUUGGAAAACAAAAACAAACAAUGUGCCCAAGAAAGACCUCAGGUUCAUUUAUGACUGGUGCAAUGUGAAGAUCAAGAAGACAAAGUACUCUGCCCAAAGAGCUCUGCUGCUUACUGUAUCCUUCACUAAACAUUAG